AUUUGCUAUCUCACUGGAAAAAAAAAAAAGCAGACCCGGAAAAAAAAAACUUCGAAGCGAUGCCGUACUACACGAGAGAUGAGAACGAAGUGGACGACUUCGAUGAGUUCGACCCGACGCCGUACGACGGAGGCUACAAGCAGCACGAGGUCUACGGUCGCCCGAUCCCGCCGUCCGACGAGACCUGUCACCCGCUCUCGUCGCCGUCUGAUGAAUCCUUCGAGUACGAGAGACCGGAGUUCACCUCCUACCAUGAGCCCUCUGCUUACGCUGACGAGGCUCUCCAGACCGAGUACAGCAGCUACGCCCGUCCCAAGCCCCGACCUGGGUUCCGACCCGGAAGCAGCGGAGGCGGUCAUGUUGAAGGUGAGUAUGGUGGAAGGCCUCAACCGGCUUAUGGAUCUGGGCCAGGAUCCGAUUUUGGAUCUGGGUAUGGGAAACCGGAUUAUGAGGGAUCCGGAUCGGAAUUCGGAUCUGGGUAUGGCCGGAAACCUGAGUCGGAGUAUGGAUCCGGUGGCUAUGGUGGGAGAACGGAGACGGAGUAUGGUCGGAGACCUGAAUCGGAGUACGGGUCCGGUGGCGGUGGGUAUGGUGGAAGAACUGAGAUCGAGUACGGUCGGCGGCCUGAAUCGGAGUACGGAUCUGGGCACGGUGGAAGAACUGAGACCGAGUACGGCCGACAAUCUGAAUCGGGGUUCGGAUCCGGCUGUGGUGGAAGAACCGAGACCGAGCAUGGAUCCGGGUAUGGCAAGAAGCCGGAGUCCGAGUAUGGAUCCGGGUAUGGUCAGCGGACCGAGUCAGAGUAUGGAUCCGGGUAUGGCAAGAAGCCUGAGUCCGAGUACGGAUCUGGGUACGGCGGCCGCACCGAGUCAGAGUAUGGAUCUGGGUAUGGCAAGAAGCCGGAGUCCGAGUACGGAUCCGGAUAUGGUGGCCGAACCGAGUCCGAGUAUGGAUCUGGUUAUGAAAGGAAACCGAGCUAUGGAGAGGGAGAGAGGACGGAGUACGGAAGUAGGCCGAGCUAUGGAAGGCACGAGGAACAGGAGGAAGGUUACAAGAAGCCUAGCUAUGGCAGUCGCAAUGACGACGAUGAGGAAGGUUACAGAAAGCCCAGCUAUGGCCGCCGCAAUGAUGAUGAUAAUGAAGACGAUGAUGCUCGCGAGCAGCGCAGGCACCGUCAUGGUGAUGACGAGGAAGGGAGCUAUGGCCGCAAGAAACAUGGUGACAAUAACUCUGAUGAUGAUGAUGAUGAUGAGAAGAAGAAGCAUCGCUACAAGCAUCAUCACCACAGGAACUACGAUGAUGAGUAAACAAAGAUACAAUCUUCCCUUUGCGAGGUGCCAUACCAAAUAAAAGAGCCUCUGUUGAGUUUGUUGUCUUUACAAAGUCGUUAAAAGACUUUGGCCUCUGCAUUUCCGCUGCUGUUACAAAUAAGACCCAUCAGUUGGUUUGUUUGGGUCGUAGAGUGUGUGUGUGCUUUCCCUUUUGUAUUCCCUCCCUCUUUGUGUUGUAUUAUUAUCAUGGGAGCUUUCUACUUGAAUUUACUUGAAGUCACGAAACUGUGUUGUGUUUGUGUUCA